UCUCACGGCAGGAGUUGGUGGUCCGGGAACCCACGUGGGCUGAGUUUCGGGUUGCUUUGGUGGUCCGACCCGCUGUAGUGCUCACUAGGGCCUAGUCGCCAUGGGGAAGCUGCGCCGGCGGUACAACAUCAAGGGGCGCCAGCAGGCGGGUCCCGGCCCCUCGAAGGGCUCCCCCGAGCCGCCCCCCGUGCAGCUGGAACUAGAGGACAAGGACACUUUGAAGGGAGUUGAUGCGAGCAACGCGCUCGUUCUACCGGGGAAGAAGAAAAAGAAGACCAAAGCCCCUCCGCUGUCGAAGAAGGAGAAGAAGCCUCUGACCAAGAAGGAAAGGAAAGUGCUGCAGAAAAUCUUAGAACAGAAGGAGAAAAAGAGCCAGGUACGCCCCACUUGGACAGGGAAGCCUGACGAGGUGGUGGCCCCAGGCCAGGAGAAGAUCAGCAGCCUCAGCGGUGCCCACCGGAAGCGUCGCCGCCAGCCCUCAGCUGAGGAGGAGGAGGAGGAGGAGGAGUCGGAGCUGGAGGGGGAGUCAGAGCUGGAUGAGGACCCGGCUGCUGAGCUGGCUGAGGCUGGUGCGGGGACCACCGUGGCACCUCUGCCGCCAACUCCAGCACCCAGCUGUCAGCCCGCGCCGGCUGGGAUGCCUGUUCCUCCUCCUCCAGCCGCAGCACCCCCACUGCCCAGGGCCCUGGCCAAGCCUGCUGUCUUCAUCCCUGUGAACCGCUCCCCGGAAAUGCAGGAAGAACGGCUGAAGCUCCCAAUUCUCUCUGAAGAACAAGUGAUCAUGGAGGCUGUGGCCGAGCACCCCAUUGUCAUCGUGUGUGGCGAGACCGGCAGCGGGAAGACCACACAGGUGCCUCAGUUUCUCUAUGAAGCAGGCUACAGCAGUGAAGACAGCAUCAUCGGUGUCACAGAGCCCCGCCGAGUGGCCGCCGUGGCCAUGUCCCAGCGAGUGGCCAAGGAGAUGAAUCUGUCCCAGCGGGUCGUCUCCUACCAGAUCCGGUAUGAAGGAAACGUGACAGAGGAGACCAGAAUCAAGUUCAUGACGGAUGGUGUGCUGCUCAAAGAAAUCCAGAAGGACUUCCUGCUGCUGCGGUACAAGGUGGUGAUCAUCGACGAGGCCCACGAGAGGAGCGUGUACACGGACAUCCUCAUCGGCCUCCUGUCCCGCAUUGUGACUCUCCGGGCCAAGAGGAACCUGCCACUCAAGCUGCUCAUCAUGUCAGCCACGCUGCGGGUGGAGGACUUCACCCAGAACCUGCGGCUCUUCGCCAAGCCGCCCCCGGUCAUCAAGGUGGAAUCCAGGCAGUUCCCAGUAACUGUGCAUUUCAACAAGCGGACACCACUGGAAGACUACAGCGGCGAGUGCUUCCGGAAGAUUUGCAAGAUCCACCGGAUGCUGCCCGCAGGUGGCAUCCUGGUGUUCCUGACGGGGCAGGCUGAGGUGCACGCGCUGUGCCGCAGGCUUAGGAAGGCUUUCCCACUCUCCAGAGCCCGGCCACAAGAAAAGGACGAUGAUCAGAAAGACUCAGCGCAGGAAAUGCGGAAGUUUAAGAAGUCGAGGGCCAGGGCCAAGAAGGCGCGGACCGAGGUGCUGCCCCAGAUCAACUUGGAUCAUUACUCGGUGUUGCCGGCAGGUGAAGGCGAUGAGGACAGGGAGGCGGAAGUGGACGAGGAAGAGGGGGCCCUGGACUCCGACCUCGAUCUGGACCUGGGGGAUGGCGGGCAAGAUGGAGGUGAGCAGCCGGACGCCUCCCUCCCACUCCACGUGCUCCCGCUGUACUCUCUGCUGGCCCCAGAGAGGCAAGCACAGGUCUUUAAGCCUCCACCGGAGGGGACUCGGUUGUGUGUUGUGGCCACCAACGUUGCCGAGACGUCUCUUACCAUCCCUGGCAUCAAGUACGUGGUGGACUGUGGGAAGGUCAAGAAGCGUUACUACGACCGCGUCACCGGCGUGUCCUCCUUCCAUGUCACCUGGGUCUCCCAGGCAUCAGCUGACCAGCGAGCAGGCAGAGCAGGACGGACAGAGCCCGGCCACUGCUACAGGUUUCCUCCUCCUGAAAUCACCCGGAGGCCUGUUGAAGACUUAAUCCUUCAAAUGAAGGCUCUCAACAUUGAAAAGGUCAUCAACUUCCCCUUCCCGACGCCCCCCUCCGUGGAGGCCCUUCUUGCCGCCGAGGAGCUGUUGAUCGCACUGGGUGCCCUGCAACCGCCCCAGAAAGCAGAAAGGGUGAAGCAACUGCAGAAGAACCGGCUGAGUUGCCCCAUCACUGCGCUGGGCCGGACCAUGGCCACGUUCCCCGUGGCACCCCGCUACGCCAAGAUGCUGGCUCUGAGCCGGCAACACGGCUGCCUGCCCUAUGCCAUCACCAUUGUGGCCAGCAUGACGGUGCGGGAGCUGUUUGAGGAGCUGGACAGACCAGCAGCCAGUGACGAGGAGCUCGCCAGGCUGAAGAGCAAGCGGGCCUGGGUGGCCCAGAUAAAGAGGACCUGGGCAGGGCAGGGGGCUUCCCUGAAGCUCGGUGACCUCAUGGUGCUGCUGGGUGCCGUGGGAGCCUGUGAGUAUGCCGGCUGCACGCCCCAGUUUUGCGAAGCCAACGGGCUGCGGUACAAAGCCAUGAUGGAGAUCCGGCGCCUGCGGGGCCAGCUGACCAGCGCAGUCAAUGCCGUGUGCCCAGAGGCUGAGCUCUUCGUGGAUCCCAAGAUGCAGCCGCCCACCGAGAGCCAGGUGACCUACCUGCGACAGAUCGUGACGGCCGGCCUGGGGGACCACCUGGCCCGCAGGGUCCAGAGCGAGGAGCUGCUGGAGGACAAGUGGAGGAAUGCCUACAAGACCCCUCUCCUCGACGACCCUGUCUUCAUCCACCCCAGCUCCGUCCUUUUCAAAGAGCUCCCCGAGUUUGUGGUCUACCAGGAAAUCAUGGAGACCACCAAGAUGUACAUGAAAGGCGUCUCCAGCGUGGAGGUCCAGUGGAUCCCGGCCCUGCUGCCCUCUUACUGCCAGUUUGACAAGCCCCUGGAGGAGCCAGCCCCUACCUACUGCCCCGAGCGGGGGCGGGUGCUGUGUCACCGAGCCAGCGUGUUCUAUCGUGUGGGCUGGCCGCUCCCCGCCAUCGAGGUGGAUUUUCCAGAGGGCAUUGACCGCUACAAGCACUUUGCCCGGUUCCUGCUGGAAGGACAGGUCUUCCGCAAGCUGGCCUCAUACCAGAGCUGUCUGCUGUCCAGCCCCAGCACCAUGCUGAAGACGUGGGCCAGGCUGCAGCCCCGGACGGAGAGCCUCCUGCGAGCGCUGGUUGCAGAGAAGGCCGACUGCCGUGAAGCCUUGCUGGCCGCUUGGAAGAAAAACCCCAAAUACCUGCUGGCCGAGUACUGUGAGUGGCUUCCACAGGCCAUGCACCCCGAUAUCGAGAAAGCCUGGCCCCCUACCACUGACCACUGACCGUCAGACACCUGGCUGGAGGGCCGAGGACUGGAGGGCUGGCAGCAGCCUGUCACCCUGCGACCAUGACUGCCUGGCGUGGGCUUCAUGGCCUGCUCUCGGGAAGCAGGUCAAGCCCUGGGAACCUCGUCCAUGAGAACUCGAUACUGUAUGAAGCGUGCUGCUGCCCGUGCCGUCUGGCCUGGGGGUGACUUUUUGAACUGAUUAUUACAUGGUGGAUGAUGAUUUCAUCUCAUGUGCUGGACGCUGUUCUGUUCAGUGUGCUCUUUGGACUACAUUAGUCCGCCGUGGAGCAGCAGGGCCGGAGGUCUCUGCAGUCCCUUCCCCGCUGCCCUACCAGAAGGCCAAGGAGGCACGUGGAGGGCUCAUCCUUUCUGCAAUUCUUCCCUCUAGAGUCAGGGAGGUCCGCCCAGCCCUGGCCUCACAGCUGUCCCAGAUGUUAGGUGAGCCACCGAGCUGUGCAUUGACCUUGAGGGGCCCGGCUCGGGGCCCCCAGGCUCCACGCCUUCUUGGGAGGGUAGACGCCGGUACCUUUCCUGUGUUACGGCUGCGGGGAGUGAGCAUCUCGUCUGCCUGUGGUCAGCUCUCAGACGGCAGGGAGCGGAGCUGACCUUGGCCGUGCUUGGUCACCGCUGCCAUGCCGCAGAGGAUGGGCCUAGCUAGGCUGGGGCCACAGGACUAUUCUGUCGGCCUUGAAUGGGGACUGCAGAACCCUCAGUUUGUCUCCCUUGUUCCUCUGUGGCCGAGGUGGGAGGGGUAGGUCCCCCAGCAAGAGAGACAGGAGCACCCCAGACAGGACCAAGGAGUUGGGAGGCCCCUGCCCUUGCAUCCUCCAUGGUGAGGGCCCGGACGUCUCCCCAGAGCCCAGCGCUCGCAGGAUGGAUUCCGCUCCUGGCUUUGCUUCUGCGGCUUUGGUGGAGACAGUUAUGGAAUAAAAUGUUCCUUGCACCCAGA